AUGCCCUCGCCCUCACCUCUACAAUCGCCCUCACGAUCUCCUCGCUCGCCCUCGCCCUCUCGCUCGCAGACUUCCACAAACCGCACCCGCACCGACUCCCUCUCCCCCCGCCCUCCACAGCCAACGCCUCCCCACGAGCCCCUCAAGCCCAACUACCGCGCCCGUCUCGUCCUCCACGGCCACACCAAGCCCAUCUCGCAGGUGCGCAUCUCGCCCAACGGCCGCUUCAUCGCCUCCGCCUCGGCCGAUGCUACCCUCAAGAUCUGGGAUGCUGCCACUGGCGCGCACAUGGACACUCUCGUCGGCCACAUGGCCGGCGUGAGCUGCCUGGCCUGGACGCCCGACAGCAACACCAUCGCCAGUGGCUCUGACGACAAGGCCAUCCGACUCUGGGAUCGUGUGACGGGACGACCGCGCACCACGGCUCGGAAAACAGGGGCUGGCCAGGAGAUGGCUCCGUUGAAGGGGCAUCACAACUACAUUCACUGCUUGGCCUUUUCGCCAAAGGGCAACAUCCUCGCCAGUGGUUCGUACGACGAGGCUGUGUUUCUAUGGGACGUUCGGGCUGGGAGGCUCAUGCGCAGUUUGCCGGCACACAGCGAUCCCGUCAGCGGCAUCGACUUUUCCAGGGAUGGCACUCUCGUCGUGAGUUGUUCCACAGACGGCUUGAUCCGUGUAUGGGAUACCUCCACAGGCCAAUGCCUUCGCACCCUAGUCCACGAAGACAACCCAGCUGUCGCCAAUGUCUGCUUCUCUCCCAAUGGGCGGUUCGUCCUGGCCUUCAACCUCGAUAACUGUAUUCGCCUCUGGGACUACGUCGCCGGCAGCGUCAAGAAGACAUACCAAGGCCAUCUCAACGAGAAGUUCGCCGUGGGCGGCUGUUUCGGCGUCCUUGACGGUGAGCCCUUUGUCGCUUCGGCUAGUGAGGACGGCAGCAUUGUCCUGUGGGACGUCAAGAGCAAGGCGCUGCUACAGCGCAUCGAGGGACACAGGGGGGUGUGCUUUUGGGUGGACGUCCAUGGCGAGACCAUGGCGAGCGCAGGACAGGACCACACGGUUCGGGUGUAUCGGAACGUCAGAGAUGUCCCAGCGACGAAUGGAGCCAUUGGCGAGGAAAGCCAAGAAUUGCCGAUCCGCCUGGACGAUGUGAAAAUGGAGAAUGCGUAG